ACGAUGAGGAUCUUCUCCUUUCUAUGCUUGCUGCUCCUCAGCCUUGGGGUAGUCUCCCGCUACCACUCCCGUUCCCAGGAGAAGAAGAAGGUCAAGGGGCCCUCUGUGAGUGCUAGGGUAACUCCCAGAAGCAAGGACUUUGCCUUCAGUCUCUACAGGGCCUUGGCUUCUGAAGCCCCUGAUCAGAAUGUCUUCUUCUCCCCCAUGAGCGUGUCCAUGAGCUUGGCCAUGCUGUCUAUGGGGACUGGAUCCCACAGUAAGAAACAGAUCAUGGAGGGCCUGGGCCUCAGCCUCCAGCAAAGCCAAGAGGCUGAGCUCCACAAGGGCUUCCAACAUCUGAUGCAGAGGUUCAGUCAGCUUAGUGAUGGCCUCCAGUUGAGUCUGGGCAGUGCCCUUUUUACAGACCCAGCAGUACAUAUUCGGGACAACUUCUUGAGUGCCAUGAAGACCCUGUACAUGGCGGAUACUUUCUCUACCAACUUCGGGAACCCUGAAAUGGCUAAGAAGCAGAUUAAUGACUAUGUGGCCAAGCAGACCAAGGGCAAGAUUGUAGACUUGAUCAAGGACCUCCAUAGCACCCAUGUCAUGGUGCUGAUAAAUUACAUCUUCUUCAAAGCCAAGUGGGAGACGGCCUUCAGUGACAAAAGCACCCACAAGGAAGAUUUCCACGUGACCCCCAAGCAGACCAUACAAGUGCUCAUGAUGAACCGUGAAGACGAGUACCCCUACCUCGUGGACCAGGAUAUUUCCUGCACCGUGGUAAGGCUCCCUUACCAAGGCAAUGCCUCCGCUCUGUUCGUUCUCCCCAACGAAGGCAAGAUGCAGCAGGUGGAGAAUGGCCUGAAUGAGGGAGCCCUGAAGAACUGGCUGAAGACAGCCACAAAGAGGCGGUUAGGCCUUUACCUCCCCAAGUUCUCCAUUGAGGGUACCUACCAUCUGGAGAAAAUCCUACCCAAGAUGGGCAUCAAGGAUGUCUUCACCUCCCAUGCUGAUCUGUCUGGCAUCACUGACCAUGCCAAUCUCAACUUGUCUGAGAUGAUGCACAAAUCCUUGGUGGAGGUAGACGAGUCAGGAACCGUAGCGGCUGCUGCCACAGGAGAGGUCUUCAUGUUCAGAUCUGCUCGGCCGAGGACUCUGCAGAUGAAAUUCAACAGACCUUUUCUGUUUGCCAUCGAGAAAAACAUGGAUCUCUUGUUCCUUGGCAAAGUGGUCCGGCCCUGA